UAGAACCAAUUUAGUAAUUAACCAAUAGCAAUGGCAACGGAGGCCUUUCUGGACAUGGUAAACGAUCGGGCCAAGUUAACGAAACGCCCAAUCAGACCAAAGAUACUCAAACUGACGGAUGUUACGACGCCGCAUCGCAGUCGUAAGAAAAUCAAAAUCAAGUCAAAGGAUCGCUCAGCAGCUGUGCGUGAUCGCAUCUAUGACGAUCCGGCCUACACCGAGGACAUUAGCCACUUAGCCAAUCCGCUGCGGCGCAGCAGCAUUUCGGGCAAGUCGUCGGGCGAUUACAAGCUGUGUGCGGAAGGCGCUGCGCAGUCGGUGGCCAGCAGCAGCUCCUUGGGCAAGCGCAGUCAGCUGACCAAAGACUUUCUCAAGUAUGCGAUGAAUGCGCCGAUCAAGGCCGGCGGCAGCAACAGCAACAACAACAGCAACAACAACAGUGGCACAGUGGUCAGCGUCGACUACGACUUUGAAUCCAGCAGCUCAGAGAACGAGCAGGCGAGGCCCUUCAAGGAGAGCAGCCUGCCGCGGCGCGUGCUCAGCUUGGAGCGCAGCUUGGCCGAUAAGAACGAUAAGAAAGCCGUGAGCCAGAAGCGCGUCUCGAAGCAGAAACGAAAUCUGAGUCUCGAUAACAGUCGCAAGGGCGCACAGCUGCAGCUGCAGCAGCUCACAGCGAAGGCCAAACAGAGCUACGAGAACGAAACGCGAUCGCGCAAAGAGCACAGUCGUAAGCAAUAUCUGGAAGCAGACGUCAAGCUGGGCCGCGGAGCGAGCGAUCAGGACGAGAUCUAUUCGGUGCGCAGCUCAGCGCAGAACUCAGAGGCGACGGUCAAAGUGCCAAUUGGCCGACGUCUGCUGCGCGGCGAAAUCGGCAUCAAGAGCUUUAACUACUACCUGCUCAAGGAGGGCUUGAAGAGCUCCAAAAAGCUGGACAAGCAACGCAGCGCUCCCGAUGCAGCCAGCAACAGCAGCAAGAAGUUGCACACGCGCAGCGAGGAGAAUAUUUAUGAGGAGAUUUUCUUUAAAGAUACGCCGAGCUCCUCCAGCUCGAAGCUCAAGGGCAGCACAGCCAAGCCAGCCGCAGCUGUGCAGUCCGAUGAUGAGGUCCAAAGCCAGAGCCAGGGCAAGAGCCAGCAUCAGCAUCAGCAUCAGCAGAGCUUGCCAGAUGCUGGCGUCGGCUUUGCCGAUUGCGAGCUGUGCAUGCAGCAGUGCAGCAAUGAAAAUUGCAAAUAUUGCCUGAUCGAAGCUGAGCCCACGGCCAGUGCCAGUGCCAGUGCACAGCUGCAGCAGGACACUGGCAACGAGAAGCAGGCGGCAGCGGGUACGGCGCGCACGCUGCCGGCGGCGCACAUACUCGAGUUUCAGUCCUACAAUCCCAAUAAUCCGGGCGUAUAUAAAAUUGAGACCACACCUGUGGCCAUUACAGGUGAAUACAAUCCGAUACUGCAAUUUCAGAAGUCAACGGCGACAGCAGCCGCCACAACUGCGACGAUUACUGAGCAGCAGCAGCAGCAUCACAAGCAACAACAUCAUCAGCAACAACAACAACAACAACAACAACAGCAACAAGCUUAUGUUGGCUUUAAUCAAUAUCAGCCACAUCAAAAGUCCUACCAACACAACGUAGCCAGUCAUCCGUUAACAAAUCAUUAUGCUGUGGGCGGAGGCCUUUUGCUGGCGCAGGUGACACCGCGCCGCGCACACCUGCCGCAGGGCUAUAUUGUGGGCUAUCAGAAUGGAGGUGGUGCUGCUGGUGCCGGUGUGCAUCGCAUCAAUACGAAGUCGUCGUCCUCUAGCGACUCACUGCCAUACCACAAGUAUAAUACAAUGGCGCGUCUGGAGGCGAAUGUGUUCGCAGCGCCGGCCACAGGUGACAUUUAUUAUGCCAUCGAAGGCGUGGGCGCGCCGCCGUUGCAUCCCUUGAUGUAUGCGGCCAGCAGGCCAAUUGGCGGCUCGCAGAUUCUGCUCGAUCAGUUCGAGUCUCAGAUGUACAAGAGCGACUCGAAGGCCUCGAUACUGAGCGAAUUUUCGCUGCGCAGCAGCGACAACUCGCAGCGCUACACGCGCUAUCCGCAUCGCUCGGGGCUGUUCUCGUCCAAUGCGAGCGCGCAUCAGCGUCGACUCUUUGGCAGCACGGAGAACUGUCGCGUUGCCUAUGACUGCCGGCGCUGCAGCUUCGAUGGCGUUAUGAGCGCUGGCUUGGAGGCGAGCAGAGCUCCGGCGGAGCGCUGCAGCAAUUCGGACAACAGUCGCUAUGAGUGCCGCAACUGCGACUGCUCGUCGAGCUACUUCAGCUCCGAUUUCGACGAUAUUUAUGGCUCGAUGGCGCGCGGCGGCAGCAGUGGCAUACCGCGCAAAACGGCCGCCGGCACAUUGCCAUCGAGUGGACCAACGGAGCCAAGUAACUACAAGCAGGCAACGGAGCAGCCGCCGCCGCCGCCGCUGGAUCUCAAGCAGAACAAGUACGCCAUGGACUUCUUCAAGCAUGUGAACGAUGUCAAGCGCAGCAUCUAUCAGUCGGAAAUGCAGCGCAAUAACAGCUUGGAGUCGACGCGUCGCGGGCACCGCAACAGCGGCAACAACAAUCCACGACUGAGUCCCACGAAUACUGCCUCCGAGCCACUGGAGGCGGGGCCAAUCGUAACCACAUUGCCGCUCAGCAAAGGACGUGGCAGCAACGCCGCCAAGCCAACGCCUGCGCCAAGGACCAGUUUGCAAAAUCAGCCGAAGAAACAGCCAGCGGAGAAGGCGAGCCACGCGUCAAGUAGUCGUAAGCCGCAGCCAACCGAAAGGCGGGAAUAUCCCUCACUGGAUCGACUCGUCGCUUCCUCCACUGGCGCCGUGCCCAAGUGGCAAAGUCUGGGAACGUCGCAGGAAGAGCCGAAAAGCAACAAGCAGAGGGCGAAGCACAAGGAAACCGAGCCACGGGAGCGACGUGAUCGCAGUGCACCUGCAGCCCCCAGCGAGGCAAUUGUGGCAUCUGCAACGUCGGGCAAGAAACAUCAUCGCACCAGCAGCGGCAAGGCGCAUUCAAGUGGGACCAAUCCGCCGGCCAGCUCCCGUCGCAAGGACAUACCCGCGCCGCCGCCACCCUCGCCAGCUACCUACUCGGACUUGCAAGAGCUGAAGGCCAACAUGGAGGGUCUACGGGAUGACACCAAGUCGCGCUCCUUGGAGAGCGAAGCCAGCGAAACUCCAACAAUCUUAGAUCAAACGGCAGCCAAAACUAGUCUCGGAACGGUCAAGGAAAUCGAGACAGCUGUGGCCUUGGCAGCGGCAGUGGAGGAUGUUGCCAACAGCCAUGUGGCAAUGGCGUCAAGUAAAGCUGCUCCAGAAGCGGAUGACGAUGAUGUGUUUUACGAUGCACGUAGCGAAAACUCAGCUUUGGUGACUCUGCCCUUGAUGGAAGGCGCCACAGAGUCAGCCACUUCCCUAGAUCAACAGAAUGGGGAUAUGUCUGUAAGACAGUCAAAGGUUGAUAAGCCUGAGAUGCUGACACCAGAAAUGGAACUGACCCCGAAGGUGGAUAAGAAUAAACAAAAACAACAGCAACAACAACAACAACAACAACGGCAACAACAACAACAACAGCCCAAGGCCAAUGAAGAAAACGCAUUAGCAAGCACAACAAUGGAUACAAGCAGAGCUUCGAUGGCAUCGAGUCAAGAGCCGACAAACGACGAACAUGUUGCCGAAGCAUCAGCAGCAUCAGCAGAGGCUGGCAACAAAAAAGAUGGCGCUACAUGUUGCCAGAGCGAGCCAGCAGCGAGUCGGCAGCAUAGCGAAGCAACAGUCAAAACAAACAUCGAAGCAGCGAGCAAAACAAAACACAAUAAUGAUGCGAACAUAACCGAGCUAACGACCAGAAAUGUUGACGCAACAAAUGUGGAGGGGCAAGCGACCAGUUCGCUGGCAGCAAAUGUUGCCAACGCCAGCGAUUCAACAAUCGUUGGCGCAACAUUGGAGCUCAGUUGCAAGUCGGCACACACGGAUAGCGCAACGCUAACGAACAGAGAUCCUACAGUGCCUACAGAAACAGUAAUCACUUGCCAGGACCUGACGUGCCUCGACUCCAGCGAGGCAUUUUCGGACGAUAGUCACCUGACGCGUGACUCAGUUACGCGUGAGUCCCAGAACGACGAACUAUCCUCGUCGACGCACGACAAGCUCGAUCUGAGCAGCUUGCCAUUACCCGCUCUACCGCCCAAGCGAAGACGCACACGCUUACGCACCAGUCCCUCCAAGCAUCAUCAACAGCAGCAGCAGCAACAGCAGCAGCAGCUGCAGCCGCAGGCGCGUUCGGAGAAACAGGAAUAUGGAGAUGCGGCAGAAAAAUCUCCGCACCGAAGCAAAAAGUCGCAAAGGGAUUCAGUUCAGGAUUCGCUAAAUGCUGAGCUGCCGAAGUUGCCGCAGGAAAAGCAGCUGCAGCAGAAUCUCUCCGCAUUCCAGCAGUACGUCGCCAAGCGACGUGAGAGUCUUGAGGCAUCCACGCGAAACUUUAACGAGAAGCUGGAGGCGCGUAGAAUGCUCUGCCACAUGGGUGGUAAUGGUGGCGCUGGCAAUGCUGCUACAGCAUCCACAGAUGCUGGCGUACCCACGUAUCUGUUUGGUGAAACCUUCUACGGCAUACCCGAUGCCAUGCGAAAGUCCCACUCGCGUGCCGGCAACAAGGAGGAGAUCUUCCUGAACAAAUCGGGCUGGGUGCAAGUUAGCAAAAAGCUGAACUCCAACAAUGAUACCAAAAGCCGGCGCGUCAAUUACAGUCACUACAAUGGCGACUCUGGUAUCAUGGACAAGCCACAUGGUCGCAGCUCCAUACGUGUUAUACAAGUGGAUCAUGCCCAGCGGCCGGAACUGGCCAGGUCGUUCGUCCAUCAGUCGUCAAGCCGCUGUGAGCGAGAGCCCAAGUUUGUGGGCUCCAAGGUCGAGGAGCUGAUUCAGCGCAAUGAGGCGCGUCUAGGUGGCAUCUCAUCAAGGGACCCAGCGCUGCGUCCAGGCUAUCGAAUCAUGGAUCCCCAAUUGGCCAGCAUACUCAACGAGCGCCCCGGCUUUCUGCCUGUCAACAACGAUCUGGAAUCACCGCCACCCAUAACGCCUAUUCUUUCGCCUCCGCCCGCAUUUCAGGAUAACAGCAGCAACAGCAGUCGCGCCCUGCGGCAUCAGGAGCGACGCAAAGUCAAUCUUCAAUCAUAUUCGCCCAAGCAACAGUCGCGAGUGGUGCAGCCAAUGCUGCAAAAGCAGCCACAGCUAAGGCAAGGCCCCGGCACUGUCAGUGCCACUGCCACAGCCAAUGGCAAUGGCAGUGGCAGUGGCAAGGGCAUGGUCUUCUCGCGCAGCUUUGAGUACGAUACGCGCCGAUCGACGCCCACCAACAGCUACGUGGAGACAUUUUCGCGCAGCUUCGACGACAACUUGUCGGAGCGGCCCUUAGCCAUGCCAUCUUUGGCGGUGCAGCGCGAGCGUUCGCUCAACUUCAGCACGCUGACUGGCAACUCGCCGAACUACUUGACGAAACGUGAGGGCACCACCUCCGGCCGGAUUCUGCGCAGCCGCGACAACUCGCCCAAGUAUCUGCAGCCGCAAACAACAGCCUAUCUGAAUGCGUCCGUUAAGGAAGCACCGCCGGCCUACAGCGUGGCUAGCAGCAACUUGGCCAAGUACUCGCCGCGCUCACGGCACGAUCGCACCUUUGAGCGCUCCAAGAGCCACAAUGUGAUCGGACGUUCGCGGAAGUCUCAGUUCAACUGCAUUGCCAAUAGUGGCCCAGGUGUCCAGCCGCCCGUCGCCUUGGGCAUGUCGCGCUUCCGCAGCCUCGAUAUGACCAUCAAUAAUCGACUUAACUCUUGUGAUAGCGGCGCGCGUUCAGAUCUUUCCAACGACGAGCUGGACAACGAAGAUGGCAGCUCUACGGAAUUCCUUUCAGCAACUAAUUAUCAAUUUCCCAACCUUAGCACGAGCAACGUCAGCAUUUCGCCGUAUAAGAACCAGCGUCAACGAUCCCUAACACCUGAUCGCAAUGACUCGCACAGCUCGUCGAGCAGCUUGCGAAAGCAGCGUUCGCUAACGCCGGAAUCGCGCUCGCUGACUCCGGAGGAGCGACGUCGGAAGGGAUCUCAGAUUUCGUUGAUUGCCUCACGUCAGAAUUCUAGCUCCCGCAGCAAUACGUUAGAGCGUCGACAGCGACACGACGAGAAGGCGCCGCCGACCAUUUCACGCAGCUCCUCGAGCUCCAGUUACAGCGGCGGCGAGGCGCACGAGCUAUUGAAUGGCAGCCCCAGCACAGCUACUGCAGCCGCUAAUGCCGCGAGCUCUGUCAAUUAUCGCCGUUCCGUGGGACGCUCUGCAGCCAAGCAGGUGGACCAGGAGCAUCUAAUACGUCGCUCCAGAUCCCUGCAGCUGAGCGAACGCUCACCAAAUCGCACACAAAAAGCCAUGAAAGUUGUCAGCGGCGCGAACCCAAUGCAGAAGCAGCAGCAGCAGCAGCAGGCAGCAGUGCACUAUCAGCAGGCAAUCACGGGCAUGUUUCCGAACUCCUUGCGUGCCACGGUAUCAGCGAACAAAAUAUUGUCCAGCUCAAAGAGCGCAGCUGGCGGCAGCUCAACGCGACAGCGUCAGACUAUGGACGUGGACAAGGCACGCUCCUUCGACUUUGACUACAACAAUUACAAUCGUAGUAACAAUGCCACACGCUCCGCUCACAACAGCGGCUGCAUCGGCGACGGUGCUGGCAAUCAGAGCUUGCGCCUGGACUGCGACAAGAGUCGCUCCUUUGACGAGGACUAUCGCGAGGCACUGCACAACAACAAUGGCAGCAGUGGCUCGGGCCUUCAUUUUCUACAGCCCGGCAACGAGUCGACGUCCAAUGUUCGCUUGCGGCAAUCCAACUCGCCAGUGGGUGCAGCUGGUCAUGAGCGGGGCACCACACGCUCGCCCCAGUCGUCCGGCUCCUCUUCGAACAACAUCCAUCUAACGGCGCAGCGCACUAGCAGCCCACAAGGCAAUAGCUAUGGCACGCGCCUGUGCGAUCAUGAGCUGACCUACGAGAUGCUAAGGAAAUCGCCGAUCAUGAACUUUCGUCGUGGCGACAGCGACUACGAGAUUCCCGUGCAGCUGCGCAACCGCGAAACGAUCAAUUCGGGCGGCAACAGUGAGCUGAACUUUAUGAGCAACGAAACGCACAUCUAUGAGCACCCAACGACUGUGCUGAAGCCACAGCGUUCCAGUUCGCGUGAUGAGAAUUUGUACAGACCGACGACAGGUGCACUGCCGCGCAGCAGCAGUCCAGCAGCGCAAGGCAAGAAAUGCAGAAAGAGUCUAACGUCUGGUGACUAUUGGCCACGUUGCGGCGCCUGCAGCGGCACCGGCGCCAGCAGCCUGCCAAAUUUUGCACCUGUCACAUUAGAGCAGUCCGCAAUAGGUAAACAAAACUCUGUGCCUCUCGUGUCGAAAGAUGCACAACAGCCGCAACAACAUGUUUCCAAAGUGGCUCUAAACGGAAACUUCCUCAAGUUCGACAUAAGCAAAACAUCAACGAUUUCUCCACGCGUCAACAAUGCACCUGCACCUGCAGGUCCACAAUGGACCUUCCUAUGCAGCGGUGGCGUCAAUGCAGAAUCCACUAAGAGCAAAACUCAGCGACAGCCCACAGCAGUUAUACGACCUCGUGUCAUACCACUGACAGCCAGCUCACUUGUGCUUCUGGGAAACUCUGAUUCGUCCAUGAACGAAGCACAGCCAACCAGUGGCAGUCCGACGGCAACGUCGAUGAGCUAUAUGAAAAGUAGCUUGGAAAAGCCAAAGCAGAGCAAGUUAACAGAUCAGAAUUACCGCAAUAAAAAAGUCAUAUUCCCCAUUUGGCCUGAAGUUUACAAACGGCAACGUUCCAACUCCCUGCCGAGCAGAAUUACAGCAAAACAGAAAUCUCCAACAAUGGCAACUGAUUUAAGUACUGCAACAUCAUUGGCAAUGUCUACAAUUAUAAGUUUAUCUCAGCCAGCAUCUCCCAAAGAAUUUCAUGUAUGCAUUAUGUGCGUGAAGCAGAAAGAAAAACCCGAAGUAUCUGACGAAGAAGAUUGCAAUUCAGCCAAUAGUUCGCGUGCAUUGGCUGAACAAUUAGAUAGUGUGUCCAUUGCAAAUUGUGCCAAUGGAUCAGUGCAAUUAAGCCCAAAAAACGAAAAGCAAUCAAACGAAUGCGAACAGCAACCCAUUCCCGCGUAUUGCAAGCCAAUCGAGAGCAGCGAUACAAUGAAUAACGCAACAAAUAUGUGCUCGAAUCAUGUAACGCUGUCAAUGACUGCACCUGCUGCAGUCUCAGCGCAAUCAGACCAGAUAUUGCCCAGACAUGGAAAGGAUAAUAUCAGCAUUAUUGGCAUACGAUGCAAUGGCUUUAACGAGUGCUUGUCACAACAGAUGCGCGCCGUCUCCAGUCCAACACUAACCAGCUCACCGGAAUCGUCCAAGCAGCCUACGGAGGCGCAUCACGCAGUGGAUGCUACAAGUGAAGCCAUCAAUGAUAGCAACAGCAGCAACAGCUUAGGCGUCUUACAGAAAUUUAAGCGCAACUUGCCCUUUUUACACAGCAAGAAUCAGUUGCAAAUUACGCCGUUUCCUGCAACAACAGCAGCAGCAGCUGUCGGUAGCACGGACAGUAAGUUACCAUUGGAAACUGCGACAGCAACGGCGCCAACUGCUGGCAAUGGGAAAGCUCCCGCAGGCAACACUGCUGUCGAUGCAGGCUCAGCUAAAUAUCGUUUUGGUCCAUUAAUCUGGCGCUCUUCAAAGGAACGUCGCAAAACGAAAUUUAAUCGCCGCGACAAAUGCAACUCGGGUGAUUCGGGUAUCCAGAUUGAGCUCGAACAGGAUGAGCACUAUAUGCGCGCGCUGGCAAGCGGCCAGCGUCAAGGAGCAGCUGCUGUGCCAGCCAACAUGCCAAAUGCCAUGGAGCCAAAGACACGCUCCAUACGCCGCUGUCACUCGGCCAAGGCGACCAGCAUACUGGAGAAGGAUGCUGUUAAGUCACCAGCCUUCGAUCAGCUUAAUCUGGACAACAAUUGCAACAGAGAACGCGAAGCACCCGAAUCAUUGCCCACGCGUUCGCUCAGUCAGCCCAACGGCUUGGAUACGUAUGGCAAGUGCCGCACCGACAAUGAGGAAAGCGAUAGUGACAGCAUCGCUUCACACGAAGAUUCUAACAACUAUUGUCCCGUCUAUGCGGAAGUGCUGUACAACUUCACGGCGGCUGGUCCGCAGGAGUUGGGUCUCGAGCGUGGCACUUUGAUAGAGAUAUUGCGCAAGGAGGUGGGACCCUGGUGGUUUGGACGCAUUAAGAAGGAGGAUGCUAGUCUUGUGGAAGAAAUACUCGAUCCAGAACUGGGCUGGUUUCCUAAGGACUUUGUGCGCAUCAUUCAUGGCUGUGAGCUGGAUGCAUAUUUUAAUGCCGAUAAGACGAUGUUGGGAGAGACAGCAGUUGCGGCAUCCGAUGCAGAGUUUCAAGUUCCAGUGCCCGUUUGUGAACUGAGCCCAGCCAAUGAGGAUGCCAACGCCACGCUGACUGCGGAUCAAACUAAUAUUACCACUAUAGUCAUUGAAACGCCGCCAACAUCCAUACUCAUGCCAUCAAUUCACAUCAAUGUACUGCCGGAUGCUUACGAUGCCAUACGGAAUGGCGCUAUACGUGAACUUCUAGAAACUGAAAUCAAUUACGUGAAGCUGCUGGCUUCCAUAUGUGACGGGUAUUUGCCUGCCAUGAGCAAACGCAUCGACAUAUUUUCGCCGAACAGCAUACGACUUAUAUUCUCGAAUAUCACAGCCAUUUACAAGUUUCAGCGAAAGUUUCUGGACGCCUUGCGGCAGGGCAUCGAACAAAAUCAAAUAUCUAAGGUCUUUCUGAAGAUGAACAAAGGAUUCCUCUGCUACUCCACCUACUGCAAUGCAUAUCCCCGUGCACUCAUUGAACUCGAAUCCUAUGAACGCAUCAAAGAUGCACGCACUAUUUUGGAGAAUUGCCGCGAAUCCGAACAUCUGGCUGAGCUACCGCUGUCUGCGCAUCUGCUGGCGCCAGUGCAACGCAUCUGCCGCUAUCCACUGCACCUCAAUGAAAUUAUUAAGACUGCUCUAAACAGCAACAUUAGCGUAGAAGUUGCUGGCCAAACAGAUAAUUUAGACUACGAUCAGAUAGAUGUAUCCCAGUGUGAUAUUCCGGAUACGCAUGCCACCCUUAAUGGGGCGCUGGAAAAGAUGCGGGGCAUUACGGAGGCUGUUAAUGAAGGCAAACGACACAGCGAGACCAUAGCGCGACAUCAGUCGAGUUUUCAAAACUUCAAGGGGCCACCGCUGCACUUGCACAGCACACGCUUCUUCCUUCAAGUCGAUGCGACGCGCCAGAAGCAGAACCUUUGGAAUAGCAGCUGCACCCUGUUUCUAUUCGAUAACCAGCUGAUCUACUGCAAACGCGAUAUUAUCAAACGCAGCAAUUUCAUUUAUAAGGGGCGAAUCUUUUUAGAUCGCUGCCGCAUCGUGAACGUGCGUGAUGGAAAAAUGUUUGGUCACACAAUCAAAAACUCACUUAGAAUCUACUGCGAGUCGCGAGAUAAGUGGUACGACUUUAGCUUCCGCUCGGCCAACCGCAAGCACCGCUUUCUCAAUACGCUCGCCCUGGAGCGACAGUUCGGCGGCAAGGCACUGUACGUGUCCGAAAUGACGGGCUUUGAGUUCAACUAUGAGGAACGGCCAGGCUACUACUCAGACCAAUCCGACUAUGAGCUAGCAGACUGUGAGCACGCUCAGGGCACCGCAUCAGCAAGUGGCGACAGUUCUGUACCCGAAUCACCAGCUAAAUCACCGUAUCGCUCUUGUGAUACGCUACCCAAAAAAUCACAGUCACGCGACGCCAUUGCCAGCAGCACCAGCAACGGCUCUGGGCAACAGCUUUCGACGACGUCAACUGGGUCCCUGGGACGUCGCCGGCUGGGCAACUGGUUUCGCAAGCCAAAGAGUUCCAACUGUACACCGAGUCAGUCACCAACCCACAAGCCAGGCUUCGAUGCGGACUUAACGUUGACAGCCGCACGUGUUGCGGCUAUCGAAUUGGUUAAAGCCGCCGCUGCCGAGCAACAAGAGGCAAACAGUUCGUUUGCUUAGUUUUCCUAUUUAAGACAUAAUUACUUAUAAUUUACACUACAUGCAUAUGGAUAUAUGCAAUUACGUAGGCAUCGCAGUGCAAACAUUAAAAUACAACUUAUGUGACAUGCUUAUAAUAGCCGUAUUUUAAUAAUGCCUGUGCGAAUAUUCACACAAAAACGUAUUUUUAAAUUAUUUUAGAUUUGUUGCUGUUAUUUUCUUUCUUUUUUCUUUUUUUUCUCUUUGCAUUUUCAUAAUCUCGUCCCGAAUUCAUUUCCAAAAUCGCCCACCUGUUAUCUGUAUAUAAAUAAAAAAUUUUGUUUUUAAUCAAUUUAAUGUUAUUUUUUCCCUAUUGCCCUAUUUCUUUUUAGUUUUGGUGCAUUAAUAUUAACCACUCCCGCCUCAUAUGCACGUGUUGGCAAACUACGAACAAACACAAGAAACUGAAAACAUAUUAUAGCCAUUUGUAUAUUACCAGAAUAAUAAAUAUGCGUUAAUUAGCAACAGGUUAUCAAAAUAUUUAGCAAUAUUGAGUUACACAAUAUAGAG